AUCAGUAUGUUCCAGGAAUAUAUGCAGUGGGUGUAACUGGACGUAUUCCUGAGUGGGUGGAGGAUGAAAUGGCUCGUCGUGAUAUUCCCUAUAUUCCAAGAGACGGGAGUUCUCUAACACAUCAAAAUUAA